AAGAUGUUGCUUUCGUUCCACGACACCUAAAGUCCCUCUAGUAGGGAGAUACUUUCAAUGUGGUAAUAAAUCUGUGAAUUGAUGUGUGCAACUGUUUCAUGAUAUAGAAGGCGCGAACGCGAAAUCGGAUUAUCAAGAUCAAGGUUCAGAUCUGUGUUCAGAUUCUUCACCGGAAUCGCUGGAUAACUGGAGUGGGCGGAGCCUAGCGAAAAGUGGUUUGGGAAUCUGAAUGCAUUCUAAAACAAGUGUCCUACAGGCAUCAGUUACAGUAAAUAGUAAUAUGCACGUCAAACAUGCUGGGAUAGCACAGGAAGUCUUUAACACAGCACUACCCAUACCCUCAAGGAACCGGGUAGUUUUUCCAUCCUCCCUGGUGGAUAGAGAAGCUGUGCAGAGGUCUGGAGAUUCGAACUUCUGCGCAAUCUUCUGCGCAGAUGCCCGACAUUCGACGCUUGCAUGUAAUUUCACCUUUAUUUAUUUGAUCGUUACGAUGCCGUCGUGUGCAGUACGAAAUUGUAAAAAUAAUUCAUGGAAUACGAAAAGACAAAAAAUCAGUUAUUUAUCAUUUCCGAAGGAAACGGAAAUGAUUGAAAAAUGGAAAAUUGUAUGCAAAGAAGAUGUUAACUCUAAAUUCGCUCGUAUCUGUUCGAAACAUUUUCAUCCUUCACAAUUUGAAGAUAAAUCGUGGUUACAAGAUUUCGUUGGAAAAUCUGGGAAUGUACGAAUAAAACUCAAACGUGAUGCAGUUCCAUUGAUAGCUGUAGAGGACAACAAAAUUUCCAUGGAUAACGAUUUAGAAGUAGAUGUUGCACAACCCGUUGCCCAUUGCUCGUUUAAUCCAGGUAUAGAUUGUACUGCAUUGACUUCCACAUCGAGCUGUAUAACUCAAGCUGCGCUAAAUACUGCAGUGGUUCCUAACAUUGCAGAAAUCUCUCAGGAAAUGCAGAAAUUACAACAUAGAAAUGCAACCUUAUUUCUGGAAACAAAAGCUUUAUCUGGAUCGGAAACGGAAACCCAUAAACGUCAACAAGCUUUAAAAGAUAAAUUGUACAAGAAGCAAUUGAUACAGAAAAUGCAGGACAAGUUAACUCUGUUUUUUACGCCAGAACAAAUAGAAUUAUUUUUAAAUCUGACGCAGAAGAUCCGUUGGACUAAGGAGGAUAUUGAAGCUGCAAUUUCAUUAAAAAGCGUACUCUCAAAAGCUUAUAAGUAUCUGAGAAAAACAAAACAAUUUCCUGCAACAUCAACCCUUCGAAAAUGGAUAACGGAUUUCAACAUUGACAAAGGCAUCUUAACAGACGAAUCAGCAAUGACGAAAAAAAAAAAUCGAAGCAUGACAGAAAUGAGGAGAGCUUUCUACUCAGAUGAAAUUUCUUCUUUUGAUGAAAUUUAUUUGUCAAACCAAGUUCAAAUUGAAGAAAGUAAGGAGAAAGUGUAUGUGUAUGUUGUAUUGAAAAAUUAAAAAAAGUAUAUGAAUAAGAACUUUAUGUGCUACAAAUUCUUAUAAGAAAAAUUUGUAAGGUCUUCUAAGAAAAUUUUUACAUACGAAUUUCGGACAGAAAUACAAGCUUGUAUAAGAAUAUACAAUCGCAUGCAAUACCAAGUAAAUCCAGAAUCUUACAUUCAUGUUAUAUGAAUCUUAUAAGCAUGAUUUUUAGUUCGGAUUCACACCUUGAUGGAAAAACGGAAAGCGGAAGCCAAUAUCGCGGAACGACAGAAGCAGAAUGUACUGCCUACUACUGCGAGAUCCAAUUAGAUCGCUUCUGCUUUUCCGCUUUUCCAUCCAAGUGUGAACUCGCCCUUACAUGCAUGUUACUUGAAUAUAAUUGGAGUGUCAUUAUGAAAAUAUUACAAGAAUACUAUUGGUAUUUUGUGUGAUUUAUUGCUCGUAUCCCAGUAAAUAAAAUGGAAUGGGACAAGCAAGGAGUUGAAUGGGAUUUAAAAGAAUUCAUUUUGGUAAAAAUUAAUUUUUUUUACACAAAUUAAAUAACGGUUUCUCGGUUAAAUCAACCCAGCA